AUGUCGAACAAACGCGUUCGUGGCCUCGCCAUCCAUCGGCCCAUUCUCUACGGAUCGACAUCUACACCUCUAACACCCGCCGAGAAGCUUGCCGCGCCACCAGAUCAUACGCACAAGUGGACAGUCGCCGUUCGCAGCGCCGCCUCCAAUCCACUUCCCUCGCUCUCCACCAUCUCUGGCCUUCCUAACAAUGCAGCUUUCGAACAAGGCUCCGAGCUAGCUGCUGUCAAUGCUGCCAACCCUGCCGCCGCUACCGGCACUUCAACUCCAGGAUCAGCAGCUGGAGCUACCAUCUCCACACGCGGUCGCGACCAAGAGCACGACUACCACAAGAUGGUUGGAGGCAAGGAUGACCUCACACACUUCAUCAAGCGUGUCCAGUUUAAGCUGCACGACACCUAUCCUCAGCCAACAAGGAACAUUGACAAACCACCAUUUCAAUGUACGGAAAGUGGGUGGGGAGAGUUUGAGAUCCAGAUCAAGAUCUUCUUCGUGCCAGAAGCCAACGAGAAGCCAAUCACGCUGUUCCACCAUCUCAAGUUGCACCCGUGGCUGCAACAGGUUGCGGCAGUUGAAGCGGCAGAACCAGCUGCGACUGGUAUCCCUGCGGCUAUGCCGCCCGCUGACGCAUCUGCUUCUGGCGAGGCGUCGGCCGCAGAUGGGAAGACCGAAGAAGCGACAGGCGAACCAGAAUCUGAGAAGGACGAGACAAAGAAGGAACCAGAAACGGAUGGAAUGGAUGUCGAUCCUGCACCAUCGGACUCAGCAACUGAAGGAACGGCAAUGAAUGGAUCCAUUGACACUUUGUCAACAGCAGAAGCAGCAACCACGGCCGCUUCUACGUCUGCAUCAUCUGCGCCCAAACCCGCGCUUCCACCAGUCGUCCACUCGUGGCAAUAUGACGAGGUCGUCUUCCCGGAACCCAUGGAACAGUUCUACGACAUCCUAUCUAUGCAUCCUCCAACACCGCAACCCUUUACUUCAGCACUAGCGUUUGCCGAUCCAGCAGCCUAUCGCUCGUACCAGUACCUUCGCGGCAAAGCGGACAAGGGCAAAGCACCACCCUCAUCACAGCCGCUCAUCCCACCACACCCUCUCCACACGCCCACGGGAUACCUCUUCGAUGCUCUCUCACAAGAAGCACAGCAGGCCGAAGCAGAUCGCUUGGACAUGGCAAGGAUCGCAGCUAUCAGAGAUCUCGAGAACGGUAGAGAGCAGCUGAUCAAGGCAGAGAAAGCCUUGAAAGAUGCUAGGAAUCGGAUUGCGACUUUGAACAACAAUGCGCUUGCUGCAUCGAGGGGCUCAGCGCCUGGCUCCGGAGCUGCAGCACCAGUGCCCCCUGCUGCUUGA